AACUUCUAAAUUAAUUUCUCAUUUAACUUUGUAUAGACUUCAGAUAUAAUCUGACGUCUUGAGCAUGUUUCUUCUGAAUUCUACUUUUAUAAGUGGAUCUUAUUUUUCCCACUUUAAUUAUUCCAUAACUAAUACAUAAAAUACUAACUGAACACAUCCAAAGUCAUUUUAUAAAAAACUAAUACAUUUUGUUAUAGCUCUCGCCACAAGCAUAAGCAUUUGCGAUGUUUUGAAAUGUUUAGUGCUGGAUGUGAUCAGGCAAAUUCUUAGAAAUAAAUAAUAAAACAACAUGACAUGGAGAUUUCUAAUUGUUGAACUUAUUAAUAUAUGGGAGCAAUAUGUAAAAAUGCUGCUUAUUUAUUUCUGUUUUACCUUACUUUAAUUUUUAUAGUAACUUUUUCCUUCUAUGAUAACUGCAUGCUGUAUAAAGCUGGUUCACAUCCUGGUUGACAGCAGGUCAUAACUACCUCUCCACAUUUGUCCCUCUCAAUAUUUGCAUGUUUAUGCAGCAGAAUCUUCUGAAAAUGAGACUGAACAUAUUGUUUAAUUAAAAGAAGUCCUGUAUAUAAAUAUAUAUUCAAUGGACUUUUUCUAGUAAAUAUUCAAUAAAGGACGUUUUUUGCAGCUUGUUUUCUGAUGUUGUCUUUUAAAGUAAGCCACGGCAUAACACAUCUUGAAAAAAAGUUAUAAUAAGCCAUGAAAAUAGACAUCCUCCUCAGAGCGACAUUUCUGACAUGUUUUCGAGGAGUCACUGUUUAAAAGUCGAAAAAAAUCAGGUCAAACCGGUCUAUCCCAGUCGCACUGUACUUUACUUUCAGCUUGCAAGUCUUCGAAACAUCUGAGAAAGACUUUUGGAUUUGCAAAUUCAGCAGCGAUGGAUCAAGAAGGUUCUUUCACUAUGGAGGACCUACAGUGUCCUGCGUGCUGUGAGGUCUUCGAGAUCCCAGUCACACUGAGUUGCAAUCAUAGCUUCUGCAAGACCUGCGUUCAGACACACUGGGGCCGUAUGGGAACACGGCAGUGUCCUCUGUGCCGCCGUACAGAACGCUCAUCCAGGCCUCCGAUCAAUUUGCGUCUAAAGCUAGCUACGGAUGUCUUCAAAAAAAAGCCGGAGCAGUUCAUGGCAAAAUCGGUGGAGCGUUGCUCAAGACACAACGAGCAAUUGAAGCUUUUUUGUCGGAAAGACGCAGAACUUAUCUGCAUUACUUGCACGUCAUCAAGGAGUCACAAAAAUCACGAGUACUGCCCGAUUGCUGAAGCAGCAUCAGACAUAAUGAAAGAGCUCAUAAAUAGGUACAACCCUUUGAAAAAACAACUAACCACCGUCGAAAAGUUAAAGGAGAGCUUGGUGGAACUGGAAACGUACAUACAGAAACAAGCUGCUGAAACUGCUGCAGAAGUAAAGCAAGAGUAUGAAAAGUUACAUAAAAUCCUGAGGGAGGAGGAAACAGCUCGACUCAUUGUACUUGAAAAUGAGAGAAAGAGCAAGACUGCAGUUGUGAGAGAGAAACUGGAGGAGGUCAAUAAAAGCAUCAAAGAGCUCUCUGACAUCACCAUAUACAUAGAUCCCAUCAUAAUAGCAGAUGAUCUGACAUUUCUAAAGGAAAUUCUCCAAGCUGUCGUUAGCCCAGAUAUAGGGAAUGAUUCACAGGAAUGUAAGGAGGCAAUAAAACGGACUAGCUACACUGCUCAUGAAACAGAAUAUCCAAAAAAGGCACUCAUAGAUGUGCUUCAGUACCUUGGAUCAUUAAAGCAUGGGGUCUGGAAAAGAAUGGAAAGAGAUGUACACUUCUCCUCUGUCAAUUUUGAUCCAAACACAGCACAUCCUAACUUCUUCAUCAAAGAUGAACUCACCACCAUCAGCUAUGGGAAAAAACAGCAACUUCCAGACAACCCUGAACGCUGCACGAGCCGCAUGUCAGUACUCGCUGCUAACGGUUUUGAGUCAGGAAAGCAGCGCUGGGAUGUAGAGGUGGCAUACAGCAAAGAGUGGUACAUCGGGGUGGCACGAGAGUCAAUAAAAAGGAAGACAACAGUUUUUAUCAACCCAAAAGAGGGUUUCUGGGUAAUUUCAAACAAUGAGGAAUCCUACUGGGCUCAGACAUCUCCUCGCACACGACUAACCCUGAAAGCCCCCCCACAGGUCAUCACGGUUGAACUGGACUAUGAUAAAGGAAAGGUUUCCUUUUCUGACGCUGCAGAUGGUGGCAGUAUUUACACGUUUAAAUGUAAGUUUAAUGAGAGAAUCUUCCCUUACUUUGCCACUGGUAUAAAAGAGGGGAGCACGCUUAAAAUCUGUGCAUUUUAAUGCAGACCAUUAGUUUAAACAUGCAACAAAUUCGAAAGUUAUUUAUCUGUGAAUUUCUUAAAAAAAAAAUGUACAGGUCACAUUUCAACGAAAAAUAAAAGUCUAAAUAAUACAAAAUUUGCAUCUAGACUUUUAAUUUACAAUUAUUUGUUAAAGGUGCUUAUUAUUCAUUUCCUAUUGCUGUAAUACAGUAUUUUUGUACUGUCCACUGAAAUCGGCAUAAUUUAUGUGUAUAUUAUUAUGUUUGAGUUUUAGAAGCUUACCUUGAAAUCUAACUCGCUCACUUUUUCACACUCGUAUUUAUUCUCACUCAGACUGUGUUUUGUUUUUGUUAUGUUCAUGCAUCACUGCGCGCACACACACACACACACACACACACACACACACACACACACACACACACAAAAAAUGCAGCAAGAGUAUUCUUGAGUAUUCUUGCAAAAUGAGAAAAACUUCAAACCCACAGCUCGUUUCAUAUUCCUUUAAGGAUAUUUCCAUUUUGUAACUAUUUACUUCAGCUAAACGGUUAUUCCUGAUUCAGAACAUUGCAGAGCUAUUUUUAGGGCUAAGCAUUUGAAGCGCAGAGUAUCAUCUACCUGAGUUAUUUGGAAGUCACACAGGACAGCCAAAGAAAACUACAACUACUGUACUUACAGUAUUACAAAUACUGCAAUUCUGUUAAGUUUCAAAUGUUUCAAUCAGACCAUACUCUUAUUUAAAUAAAGGAAUUCUUUCUAUACAUAAAUGACUUUUAAAUAACAUUUUAAAGUACAUUUUUGACACGACCUUAAACUUUGCACUAUGUGAGAAAAGCUGAUCAACCAAAGCAUUACAUUUGUAAUAUAAUAUUCAGUGUCGCACAUUUUAAUAGCUCAAAGUGCGCUGAGGUUAAAUUCAAAAGCAUUUCAUAAAGACCAAACCGUCAAAAGUUGUUGCACACGCAUAUAUUUGUGGAUAUUAGAAACAUUGUCACUUGAAGUACUCCUUCUGAUGUGUUCACUGUGCAAAUCCUCCACUAACGGCAUCCAUGGAGCUCACAAUGCCACCUGAGUCUCUUAUGUCCUCUUGUGGACAGAUAUACCAAACUACAUAAGCACAUGCUGUAUGAAGACUAAAUAUAUUAAAUGGACCCAGGCCAAAAGCUCUGCUCUGCCUUUGCUCUUCAGAGCUUCAUGAGAUAACUGGGAGAUUAACAUAUGACAUAAUAAUCAAUGCAUCAAUCACUGAGAGACACAGUGGAGCAACAACUUAAGCUCCCGACAAUAA